AUGUCUGUUACUGUGGCUAUAGCAGAACCAGGUCAGCAUACGGAGGGACCACACUGGGACCACCGGACCAACACGCUGUUAUAUGUGGACCUGCUGGACCCGUGUGUGUGCCGAUGGGACCCUGUCACAGGGGAAAGGGACACAUUCAAAAUGGCCUGCAGCCCCGGUUGCGUAGUUCCCCGGGAGUCAGGAGGAGCAGUGGUGGCUGCUGGGACCAGGUUUGCUUCCAUUGACUUCAGGACCAGGCGGCUGACCACACUCGCGGAGGUGAACCACGACAAACCUACCAACAUCUUCAACGACGGCAAGUGUGAUGCAGCAGGCAGGUUCUGGUCAGGCACGAUGGGGAAAGAUUCUGCGUUCGGAAAGUUCGAGUUUGGCGCUGGGUCACUCUUCUGUUUGCACACCGACCGAACUGUCAAGAAGGCACUAGGUGGAGUGAGUAUCUCCAACGGGCUGGCGUGGUCCCCAGACAACAGCGUCAUGUAUUACAUCGACUCACUCCAGUUCAGUGUGGACGCCUUUGACUACGACUUGUCCACUGGAACACCGACAAAUCGUCGCAAAGUUCUUACUUUUGACCCUGCUACCUCCGUCCCCGAUGGCAUGACUAUUGACACCGACGGCAACCUGUGGAUAGCCUUGCUUAACAGCGGUCAGGUGGUACAGGUAGAUCCGAACACAGGUACCCAGCUCCGCGCAGUGAAGUUCCCCACUGACCGGGUCACCUCCUGCUGCUUCGGUGGACCUGACCUUGACGUUCUGUACGUCACCAGUACGAGGGUGAACAUGUCGGCGGAGCAGACCCUCCAACAGCCUCUGUCCGGGUGCGUCUUCCAAGUCACCGAGCUGGGCGUCAGGGGGAGUCCCGGGAUGGACUUCAGAGGCUGAACCAGCAUCAGCCAAUUCAAGACUAUAAGUUUUUUUUUUAAUCAAAAACAACAACAACAAUAGUUCAUUUGUCAACUACUAAGACUAGUGUUUGUACAGUCGAGUACUACAAGACUACAAGUUGCCAACUUUUUAGAUGUCCCGCUAUUCUUGAAUUCUUCAACAUUGGUCAGGCCAUGACUUUUUGUUCGUUCGACAAAGUUGCAUCGCGAUGUAACUGCAAGUAUACAGUGCUCUUGAUGAAUUUGCUUUCCAUUCUAGCUAGUCGGUGACAUUAGCGGAUUACUUGCGUAUAUAGGUUGACAACCACAGUGUUUUGAUGU